AUGGAGCGCCUGCGGGCCCUGUGGCUCUGCAGCAUCACUGUACUGCUGGGCACUGCCCUCCUCCUGCCUGCGCCUGGCAGCACCCAGGCUCUGAGCAAUGCUGGGAGGAAGGACCUGGCCAUGGAGGAGGACUUGGCCAAGGAAAUCAUCCUGGGUGUUCGCGCUGUGGAGCCACCAGAGGAGGCUGAAAUCUCCCAAGACGUGGAACAAGGUUCAAAGGUUGUCUCCAGCAGCACCUGGGCUCGCUGGGUCGCUCACCAAGCCCAGGCAGGACCGGAGCAGGACCAUGACCACCUCCACCACUCCCAGGAUGAUGCUGCAGAGGCUGAUGCCCAAGGGCCACCACUGAUGCUGUCCCUGCAGGUGCAGAAUGGGCCAGAGGAGGACCAUGACCAUCUCUACCACAGCUGA